AUGGUGAAGUGUCUCCACGGGGCAAGUGAAUCACCCAAGCUGAGGGUUGUUUGUAAUGCCCAGUAUGCCGGGGGAUGGCCUGUCCGGGAGAGGAUCUUCAUUGACAAAGACAACUUGCUUGGUUGCCCGCUGCGCUCGCGAAAACAGACGCAAUAUCAGUAUAACAGCUCUAUCUCCCAGAUCCACCAGUUGUCAUUUCAUAUCGAAAUUGUUGCCGUGACUCCGACUCCGCAUCCGAAUCCUACCACUGAUCUGAUGGUGCGGAAGUUGGCGGAACAGCUAAAAUCGGAACAGCGGAGAUAAUGGCGAGGGGUAUGACUCAGAAAGAGCAGUGUGCGAGCAUUUGUUGUAAUCAACAGCUCGAACACGAGGACGGGGAUGCUCUUAUGGAGAUAUGAU